UAAUACUCCACUCUCAGUCGAAGGAAUUUGUCUGUUUCAGCUCGCCUCCUCUCCUCUCUUCUAAUUUUCUGCUUCUGGUUAUUGCAGAAAUUUCUCUGUGCUGAACUGCCUGAACUAAGAGUUUACAGAUCUCUUUGGUCGUCAACAGAUCAAUCAUGCAUUUGCUGAAGUUAUCUGUGUCGAAGUGGAGUCUGGUGCUGAGCGCUCUCUUUGUUUGUGCGGCAAUCUUUGAGUUAGAUGCCAACGAACAGAAAAUGACUCCUGGAAGAACUUCCACAUUAAAGAAACCCAAACUUGGUAGAACAACAAAUAAAAGGCAAAGAGUUGAGAUGGUUAAACCAAAGAUAAAACCUUCCGCUGCAGCUCAGACCAAGACAUCUCUUACACAGGUUCUUGGCAGAGGUGUGUUUAAGAAGGUGGGAGAAACCUUAAGUGUGCAGACAGGAGAUACGCUGAGCCUUAGGUGCAGGGGAAAACCUGUGCAGUGGAGCUUCCCCCCUUUGGUGGAGGAGGAUGAAGGAAGGCUUAUGAUUGUCCAACAAGAACGAUUCAGCCUCCUGACAUUAGUCAACACAACUGUUGCAGACACAGGAGAGUAUACCUGCUAUCCAAUGAAUUGUGAAGACAGAGACUGCAGGAGGGAGUACAACAAAGCUACCAACGUGUUCAUCUUCUUUCCAGACCCACGAGAAUUAUUCAUUCCAUCGUCCAGCCACUAUGAAAUGAUCCAACUGAGAAGCAACUGGCCGGCAGUCCUCCCUUGUCAGGUGACAUCGCCUGAAGCAAAAGUCACUCUGCACCGUGAGUUCCCACCGGAGGAGGUGGCGGUGGACGGGACAGAGAUCUCCUUUAACAACAGGAAGGGCUUCACCAUCUAUCGACCGCAGCCUCAUCAUGCCGGAGUGUUGCAAUGUGUGGCUAAUCUGGGAAACCUGAUGCAGAGCUCCACCAAGUACAUCCUCAGCUAUGUAAACUAUCCCAUGGCUCCCCCUGUUCCAGUUAUCCAGGCAUCAUCAAGCUCGGUGGCUGUGGGGGACAACCUGCGUGUCACCUGCGCUGCAUUGGGGGAACGGGACGUGUACAUGGAGUUCAACUGGGAAUAUCCAGCACAGCAGAUUGGGAGGCCUCUGUACACAGAGGAGACGAUGAUCCCGGUCAGUGGAGAAGCAUCUCGGCAGCAGUUUCAGUCUGUUCUCCAGGUGGAUGAGGUGAGGGACGUAGACCAGGGAACGUACACCUGCACUGCCCAGAACCUCCAGGGAGCCAAGUUGGUGUCCACCACUGUUAAAGUGGUCUCCAAAGUCAAGGCUAAGAAACUGCGAGUGUAACCCUCCGCUGGACAGCAUCAAUGAAGGGAAAGAGACAGGAGGUGAAUCAGAGCAGUCUUUCACUUUGUCACAAUAUGAGAAGUAAAUCAGUCAAAUACAGACAAAUACAACAAAUUACCAGGUUCUACUUUGGUAACUGUGAGUGAUGAAAUCAUGCUGCAACAUAGCAAAGAUAUUUUAAGAUGAAUGUCAGAUGCUCAAAGUUGGAUAAUAAAAGUUUUAUCAAAAAAUUAGUGUCCAU